CUACUGACUGCAGAGACAGACACACAACGUUUAUCGUGCGGUACAUUAUACCUUGCAUCAAAUUUAUUACUCUAACGAAAGUUAAUCUCGGUGCGUUUGCAAUGAGAAUGAGAUCAAGUGAAAGCAUGUUACUGUACUAUUGUAAAACGGCGCGAGCUGUAUUAUGUCCGCGUACUUUUUAAUGGUGGGAGUUGUAAUUCUACUUUUUACAUCUGAUCGUAAUUAUCAGUCGGGAAAUCACUCUGAUGUGUCGAAAAAAAAUACCUACGAGUGUGUUUGAUUCUCAUGCUGCGAAUUUUUUCGAUUAAAUGAUGUCGUUGUAUUCGCGAAAAAUAUUACCUAUACUCGAUUCGUGGUUAGCUUGGUUCGCAGUUUGAUGUGAUGAUUGUAUUUUUUUUUGAUAUUAUUACGUGCCAUAGUAUGAUCGUUUUGUGGCUCUUGCGAUGAUGUGAAAUCGAUGUUCAAUUGAAAUAAAUUCGUUUCGAGAGUGCUGUUUUGAAUGUUGGUGUUCUGUGUAUUUCGUCGGUUUUUAUGGAAGUUUGUGACUAAUUAACUAUAGUCUGAACAUGUGAGCUGAUUGGGAAAAAUCACAGUGACCUAUUGAGAAAAAAAUCGAAAUCGAAAGAAGACACGAUGACAUUAUCUUGGGUCAAUAUAGGAAUCGAGGGAAUGCAAAGUCCCUCGUGUUCGAACGAAAUCCAAUCGAAAAUAUCGGAGAAAACUGGAGUUCAUACGGUUACAGUGAAAUUGGAGGAAAAUGAGGCGCAAAUAUUUUACGAUCCUAAUAUCGUCAAUGCGAAUAAUUUAAGAAAUGAAAUCGAAAGCUUGGGAUAUCAAGCGACUUUACUUUCAACCCACCUCAGCUCUAGAUUUUUCAUCACCGGUAUGAGAUGUAACAAUUGUGCGAAUAAAGUUCGAACCAAAGUUGGCGAGCUGCCUGGUGUUAAAGAUGUCAAUGUUAAUUUAGAAAAUAAAUACGCUGAUAUUAGCUACGAUCCGGCUGACAUUAGUGUAUUCGAUUUAAAAGCAUUUCUCGAAGGUUUAGACUAUACCGUGACCCUACCUAAGGAUAAUGCCGAUGUCACGAUUUAUAUUAAUGGAAUGAAAUGUAAUUCUUGUGUUCGUAAAAUUGAAUCUGCGAUGUCGAUGAAGAAAGGUGUUAUAUCAGUUAAAGUAAAUCUAGAAGAUAAAUUAGCCAAAAUAAUAUACAACGAGCGUUGCCUCCUACCUUCGGAAUUAUGCAGUUAUUUGGAAGAACUGAAGUUCAAAGCGUCGUUAUCACCUCCAACGUCCGAAUCCGAGGAACUAACUUCUAGUCGAUUCCGUAUUGAAGGAAUGAAAUGUAACUCGUGCGUAAAUAAAAUAGAAAGUACGCUAAAAGACACAUCUGGCGUUGUAUCUGCUUCCGUUAGUUUGGAAAACAAAGAGUGCAACGUUAGUCAUAGGACUGCCCAAAUAUCACCAGAACAAAUACUUAAUGUUAUAGCCCAAUUGAAUUCUAAUUUUAACGUAUCUAUCAUUAAUGAAAAUAAUAAUCAAACUGCGAAUAAUCCUGUCAGUAAUUCUGUUACUAAUAAUUCCAAAGUAAAUGGAUAUUGCUCGUUGAAAAUAGAAGAAGACGAUGAUAAAUGUUACCUUCAUAUCAAAGGCAUGACUUGUGCGUCGUGUGUAUCAGCAAUUGAGAAAUUUUGCCAAAGACUCGAUGGUGUUCAUAGUAUUUUAGUGGCGUUAUUAGCCGCCAAGGCUGAAGUAAGAUACGAUUCUAGUUUAAUCAAAGCCAACGAAAUCGCAAACGCGAUCACCGAUCUUGGAUUUCCUACUAAUGUUAUUAAUGACCAAGACUGUGGCGAAACAGAAGUCGAAAUUAUCAUCACCGGCAUGACUUGCGCGUCGUGUGUUAACAAAAUAGAAACAAGCGUGAAGAAAAUCAAAGGCGUCAAGUACGCUAGUGUAGCUUUAACCACUAAAUUGGGUAAAUUUAAGUACGACUCGGAAGUAACCGGACCGAGGGAUAUUGCCGAUUGUAUUCAAAAUUUAAGUUUCGGUACUCAAAUCGUUACCAAUAGAAGUAGAGAUUAUGCCAAUUACUUAGAUCAAAGAGAUGAAAUAAUGAAAUGGCGAAAUUCGUUCCUAAUAUCGUUAAUAUUUGGAGGACCGUGUAUGAUAUUGAUGUUGUAUUACAUGGGAGGUAUGACUUUCGGAUACAUACCGCACGAAGAAAUGUGCUGUAUCGUGCCAGGACUUUCGACUGAAAAUUUACUUACGUUUUUAUUAUCUACUCCGGUCCAAUUUAUCGCCGGAUGGCAUUUUCACGUCCAAGCUUGGAGAGCGAUCAGACACCGGUCCACAAAUAUGGACGUACUGGUCAGUCUAGCCACCACGAUAUCGUACGUUUACUCCUGCAUUGUGCUGGGAUUAGCGAUCGGUUUGCAGUUCAACUUUAGUCCUCAAACUUUCUUCGAUACGCCUCCGAUGCUGUUUUUAUUCAUUUCACUGGGUCGUUGGUUAGAGAAUAUCGCCAAAGGGAAAACAUCCGAAGCGUUGUCUAGAUUGUUAUCUUUGAAAGCCACAGAUGCUUUGUUGGUUACGGUCGGUUCGGAUUUGGAGAUUUUAAGCGAAAAACAAAUCGAGGUCGAGAUGGUUCAACGUGGUGAUAUUUUGAAAGUAUUGCCUGGUGGGAAAGUACCAGUCGAUGGGAAAAUCAUUUAUGGUACUUCGAGCUGCGACGAGUCACUUAUUACCGGAGAAUCGAUGCCAGUUCAGAAGAAAAUCGGUAGCCAAGUCAUCGGUGGCUCGAUCAAUCAAAACGGUAUGUUGUUAAUGGUGGCCACUCAUACGGGCGAAUCAACUACCCUCGCGCAAAUCGUACGUUUAGUGGAAGAAGCUCAAACGUCCAAAGCACCUAUACAACAAUUCGCCGAUAAAAUUGCCGGGUAUUUUGUUCCUAUGGUUAUCAUCCUAUCAGCGAGCACUUUGGUAGCUUGGAUUAUCUUGGGGUAUUCGAAUAUCGAAUUUAUUCCUCAGCGCGAUGAAAAAAUGGGCAUGAGUAGAGACGAAAUGAUAUUCCAGUUCGCAUUCCGGUGCGCUUUGAGUGUUCUGGCGAUAGCGUGUCCUUGCGCGUUGGGUUUGGCUACCCCUACAGCUGUCAUGGUCGGUACCGGUGUCGGAGCAUUAAACGGUAUCUUCAUCAAAGGCGCCGAACCGUUGGAAAAUGCGCAUAAAGUAAAUUGUAUCGUUUUCGAUAAAACUGGAACGUUAACCAACGGCGUCCCAGUGGUUUCCAGAAUGUGUGUUUUCGGCUCCGAGAACCUGAAAACAAUCUCUAAAUUACUGGUUUGCGUCGCCACCGCCGAAAACAGCAGCGAACAUCCUCUAGCUUCCGCUAUCGUUCGGUUCGUGAAAGAAAGCUUCCAUUGCGAAAUCACCGGAAAGUGUAGCCAAUUUCAGACUGUUCCUGGUUGUGGACUUCGAUGCGUUGUUUCGUACACCGAAAACAUGAUGGAGCAGAUUUUACGCUCGGAACAGUAUAUUAACUUUCAGAAUUCUAUCAAUUCGAUAACCACCGGAAGAACGUUAUUUCGUUUACACAACAUCGAUCUAGACGUGCUGGAACAUUCGACCGAUCAAUACGAAACACCGGUAAUCAACGGAACUUUCAGCAAAGGCGACUCGAACGAAAAACCCGGCUCUCAAGUAAUCAUCGGAAAUAGAGAAUGGAUGAAUAGGAAUGGCAUCAACGUACCGGAUGUAGUCGACGAAAAGAUGAACAAAGAAGAAGAAUACGGUCACACGGCGAUCUUGUGCGCUAUCGAUGGAGUUCUGAUAUCUAUGAUCAGCGUUUCGGAUACCGUAAAGCCAGAAGCACAUUUAGUAGUUUAUACGUUGAAGAAAAGAGGUCUCGAAGUGAUCCUGUUGACCGGAGAUAAUCAAAAAACCGCAAAGGCCAUAGCCAGACAAGUUGGCAUCACAAGAGUCUUCGCUGAAGUUUUACCCACUCACAAGGUGGCUAAGAUACAGAAACUUCAAGAAGUAGGUAAACGAGUUGCCAUGAUUGGAGAUGGAGUCAAUGAUUCGCCUGCUUUGGCUCAAGCCGAUGUCGGAAUCGCGAUCGCUUCCGGCACCGAUGUAGCCGUAGAAGCAGCCGAUAUUGUUUUGAUGAGGAAUGAUUUAUUGGAUGUGCUUGGUGCUCUGGAUCUGUCUAGAACAACGGUCAAAAGGAUCCGUCUGAAUUUUGUAUUUGCUAGUCUUUAUAAUUUGAUCGGUAUUCCGGUAGCUGCCGGAGUAUUCACGAAGUUUGGUCUCGUCUUAUUGCCAUGGAUGGCGUCAGCUGCGAUGGCCUUAAGUUCGGUGUCCGUUGUGGUGUCUUCGUUGCUGCUUAAAACAUACCAUAAACCUAGCAAAGAUAAAUUAGAAACUCCCGAGUACCUGAACUCACUGUGUGCUCCUAGCGUACGAUAUUUAAGCGCUGACGAGAUAUCAAUUCAUCGAGGCUUAGAUGAUAUUCCUAAACCAAGCUUUACUCGUUCCACGAGUAGUACUUUGAACAGAUUUUUCGGUAAAACGAAAUGCGAAGCUUCCGGUCAUCUGUUAUCGUCUUCCAUUGAUGAUGAUUACAACGUUGAUUUCUCCAGUUCGGCGAAUUCCAGGAAAUCUGUGUUUGCGAACGCGUAAUUUAUCUACAUAAUAUGUAUAUUAACGUUUUAGUUAAUUUAUUUUAUUUUUUGUUCGUUUUGUUUGUUGAUCUCAGCGGCGAAUCGACUGAGAUUAUCGUGGAGGUUUUUUUUUUGAGAGAUGAAACCAAAUAAGAAUAAUUAUCUACCUACGGUGUAUAAUAAUGAUAAUAAUUGUGAUACUCAUUUGUGAAUAAGUUAUAAAUGUUACCGGAUAGUGGACGGAUCUUUUGUUACGUAUUUUACCCGUCGUUUUUUCCUUUUAUUUUCCUUUUUCAUUUUCGUAUUUAUCGUUACUUUUGUAGUAUAUCUCUACUUCAAUGAGACUUUUUUAAAAUACAUUUAUUUUAAUGCUGUGUUGAA